AUGGAAACUAAGCUGGCUGUCACGGAGGCUGCGACUGCAGAUUUUGGUCGUAUGCACGAGGAAUUGGGGGAUAAGGGUGGGAGAAGAAGUUAUUCCGGCUGGCCAAGGCGUGGGAGUGGAAGGCGAGGGCUUUAUACCAAGGGAAUUAAGGUUGACGAGGUCAUGGGAUCUAUGCAUAAGAUGAGUAGGGGCAGAGCUACCGGGCCUGACGAGAUUCCGAUUGAAUUUUGGAGGAUGAAGAGGAUGUCGGAUGAGUGGAGGAGGAGUACGGUGGUUCCGUUGUAUAAGAACAAAGGUGAUAUCCAGAGUUGUAACAACUAUACGGAAGCUAUCCACCUUAUUAGGAUGUUGGUUGAACAGUACAGGAAGAGGAAGAAGGAUCUGCACAUGGUGUCUAUUGAUCUGGAGAAAGCAUAUGACAAGGUUCCUAGAGUGGUUGUCUAG